CUCUCUCUCUCUCUCUCUCUCUGUCACUUACCUCCACUCUCCAGCUAACCUUCCAACCAACCUUCUUAGCCUUUUAAAACCUCCGAAUCGAAGCAGCGAGCAACCCACCAACGGAAUUUACAACCAUGACUCUCAACAGCAUUCCGUUGGCCACGCCGGAACUCCAGAUUGGGGACGGAGCGCGGCGGAACGCGACGAUGAUUUGCGCGCCGGUAAUGGCGGAGACCGCCGAGCAAAUGCUAGGACAAAUGCGGAAGGCCAAAGAGCUCGGCGCUGACCUUGUUGAGAUUCGGAUUGACUACUUAAAGAGCUUCAGCCCUCAGCAACAUCUCGAAGUUCUCAUCAAACAGUCUCCUCUCCCCACCAUCAUAACCUACAGACCAACAUGGGAAGGUGGUCAGUAUGAUGGAGACGAAUCAAGGCGACAAGCUACACUGCAUCAGGCCAUGGAAUUGGGGGCAGAUUAUAUAGAUAUUGAGCUUAAGGUGGCUGAUAAGUUCUUCAGCUCUAUUCAAGGAAAGAAGCCCGAAAAGGUCAAAGUCAUUGUCUCUUCUCACAAUUAUGAAAAUACUCCAUCUGCCGAGGAAAUUGGAAAUAUUGCUGCAAGAAUACAAGCUACAGGAGCUGACAUAGUGAAGAUUGCAACAACUGCCCUAGACAUCACCGACUCAGCUCGUAUCUUACAACUAAUUGCGCAUUCUCAAGUACCAACAAUAGGUCUUGCUAUGGGUGAGAGGGGUCUGAUAUCCCGCAUACUGUGUGCCAAGUUUGGUGGAUUUCUCACAUUUGGUGCACUUGAAUCAGGCAUACACUCUGCUCCUGGGCAGCCAACUCUAAGAGAUUUGUUGGACUUAUACAACUUCAGGCAGAUAGGGCCCGAUACCAAAGUGCAUGGGGUUAUUGGAAAACCUAUUGGCCACAGCAAAAGUCCUCAUCUGUAUAACCCGGCAUUUAAAAAAGCUGCUUUUAAUGGAAUUUAUUUGCCGUUGUUGGUUGAUAAUGUUGCAAACUUUCUCAACACCUACUCAUCUCCUGAUUUCACAGGUUAUAGCUAUACUAUUCCACACAAGAUGGCUGGACUUGAAUGCUGUGAUGAGGUUGAUCCAAUUGCCAAGGCAAUAGGAGCUAUUAGUUGCAUGAUCAAGAAACCGAGUGAUGGGAAACUAAUUGGCUAUAAUGUCGACUAUCUUGGAGCCAUUGCAGCUAUUGAGGAAGGACUAGGAGGCUCAAGUAGUGCUAGUAACGGAUCUGUUUCGCCUCUUGCUGGUAGACUCUUUGUUGUCAUUGGAGCUGGUGGGGCUGGAAAGGCACUUGCUUAUGGUGGAAAAGAGAAGGGUGCAAGAGUCGUAGUUGCUAACCGCACAUAUGAAAAAGCUAAAGAUCUUGCUCGUAAAAUUGGAGGAGAAUCUAUGCCUCUUACAGAAUUAGAUGAUUUCCAUCCAGAAGAUGGGAUGAUUCUUGCAAAUGCUACAAGUGUGGGAAUGAAACCAAAUACAGAUGCAACACCUAUUUCUAAGAAAGCUUUGAGCCGCUAUUCCCUGGUCUUUGAUGCCAUUUACACGCCGAAAUGGACCACACUGUUGCGAGAAGCAAAAGAGACAGGAGCCAAAGUUGUCUUCGGAACAGAGAUGUUCUUAAAUCAAGCAUUUGUACAGUUUGAAAAAUUCACUGGUUUGCCCGCACCAAAAGAUUUGAUCAGGGAAACUCUGGCAAGGAACACUUGAAGAAGCAAGUUGUUGGAGCAAUAUUAUUUCUGGAAGCUGAAGAGUUGUACUGAGUUACUGUUUCUAGAACCUUCUUUCACAGAGUUCCUCCUUGUAUGGCACACAAUUAAAAUUCUGGAAGCAACCCACUCCAACGGCUAGAAACGGCUUUACAACGGUUAAAAAAUUCAAAAUAUGAAAGGAUAUUCCGAAGUGUUGCACUGGCUGUUGUUCUUGAGAUUUGGAGCAUUCACUUUGUAGUUUUUAAGAUGUGACUAGUGGAUAAAAUUUGUCAUUGAACUUGAAUGCUUCCAGUUUGUACAAUGGCCCUUCCAUUAAUAAAUAUCCCUUCAUCCAU